AUGUCGACCAAAGACCCCUACGAGGGGCUAUCUGAGGAGAGCAUCGCCAUUCUCAAGGCCCAAACCACCAGUGAGCCCGUCAACGUCAACUACCGCACCUUGCUACUUCGGUAUGCCACACCUCUGGACAAGGCGGAGAUUCUGGUUUCGUACGUCUUUUCGGCCUGUGCGGGAGCGUGUCUGCCUCUUUUCACCCUGAUUUUCGGCUCCAUGACCAACGAGUUUGUCCGGUACUUUGUGGAGGGGGCCACGCCGGCUGAAUUCGGCCACCAGAUCAACUACCUGGCGCGGUAUUUCAUCUAUCUUUUUGCAGGCAUCUUCGCCUUUUCUUUCCUCGAAACGUACAUGCACGUCCAGAUGGGCGAGAAGCUGACCGGCCGGAUCCGAGCACAUUAUCUGGAGGCCAUUAUGCGCCAGAACAUUGGCUUCUUCGACAAGGUCGGAGCCGGAGAAAUCACCAACCGAAUCACCACAGACACCAACCUGAUCCAGGAGGGCAUCAGUGAAAAGGCUGGCCUGAUUGUUUCCUCCAUUGCCGCCAUAAUUUCGGCCUUCAUUAUUGGGUUCAUCAAGUCGUGGAAGCUGACGCUGAUCAUGAUGUCGUCGUUUUUCGCCCUACUGUUCGCCAUGACUACAGCAGUCUAUUUUGUGGUCAAGUUUGCCAAACUGGCCAUUGUUUCCGACGCCAAGGCGUCUUCAGUCGCGGAAGAAGUUCUUGGAGCCAUCAGAAACGUGGUUGCGUUUGGAACCCAGGACAGAUUGACCCAAAAGUACGAUGACCGGCUGGUGGUGUCCAUGAAGUACCACAUUUUCCGUGGCCGGGGCUCGGCGGCGGCUAUUGCUUCGGUGUGGACCAUUGCCUAUCUCAACUACGCUCUCUCCUUCUGGGAGGGGUCUCGACUCGUGUCUUGGGGACAAGUCAAUGUCGGAAACAUCAUGACCGUGCUGUUUGCCGUCAUGAUUGGAGCUGUCAUGGUCGGCAAUGUGGCUCCAAACUUGCAGGCCAUGGGCUCUGCCAUUGCCUCUGGCCAGAAGAUCUUUGAGACCAUUGACCGGGUCCCUCCCAUCGACAGCUUCUCCGACAAGGGUCAGAAGCUGGACCAGGUUCACGGCCACAUUCAGCUGGAGCACGUCAACUUCCGGUAUCCGUCUCGACCGGAUGUUUCUGUUCUGCACGACUUCUCUUUGGAGAUCAAACCAGGGCAGACUGUGGCGCUUGUGGGCGCUUCUGGCAGCGGAAAGUCCACCAUUAUUGGCAUUCUCGAGCGAUUCUACGAAAUUCUCGGCGGAAAAGUGACGAUUGACGGAGUAGACAUUUCUUCGCUCAACGUGAGAUGGCUGCGACAACAGCUGGCUCUGGUGUCACAGGAACCCACUCUUUUUGGCGUCAGCAUCUACGAAAACAUUGCCUACGGUUUGAUUGGAACUCCCCAUGAGAACGCUGACCCCGAGAAGAAACGUCAGCUGGUGGAGGAUGCUGCCCGUCAAGCCAACGCCUACGACUUCAUCCAGGACUUGACUGACGGGUUUGAAACCAAUGUUGGAGACCGGGGCUUUCUGCUGUCAGGAGGCCAGAAACAGCGAAUUGCUAUUGCCCGGGCCAUUGUUAGAGAGCCCAAGAUCUUGUUGCUGGACGAAGCCACUUCUGCACUCGACACCAAGAGUGAAGGCAUUGUUCAGGACGCACUGGACAAGGCAGCGGCGGACAGAACCACCAUUGUCAUUGCCCAUCGUCUCAGCACGGUCAAGAACGCCGAUCUCAUUGUGGUCAUGAACAAGGGCAGCAUUGUGGAACAGGGCACCCAUCAUGAGUUGAUUGAGCAAAAGGGCAUGUACUUUUCGCUGGUCAACUCGCAGACUAUCAUGAAACAGAAUGACGACGGCUCAGACACGGCCGCUGACGACAAACUCGAGGAAGACGUGGUGGCAAUCCAGUCUCUGACUAUGAGCUCCUUCAGUGAAGAUGAGGAGGAAUACAACACCAAGGAGCAGGGAAUCAUUGAGAUGAUUCGAUUCGUGUACUCCUACAACAAGGAGGAGACCACUUUGCUGCUGAUUGGAGGAGCGUGUGCCUUUGUGGGGGGCAUUGGCUAUCCUGGAAUGGCCGUCAUUUUCGCCAAAUGUAUCGAGGCCUUCAUGACUCCGCCCUCAGGCUAUCCCCACAUGCGGUCUCUGAUCAACACCUACACCGGUCUCUUCUUUAUGAUUGCCAUGAUCGAAAUGGUGGCCUUUUACGUGGAGAUUUCCAUUCUCACUCUUGCGGGAGAGCGACUGGUGCGAAAACUGCGUCUGGCGGUCUUUAAGCAGUUUCUCAGAAUGGACAUUGGCUUCUUUGACCGAGAGGAGAACACCACUGGCAGUCUGACUUCGAAUCUCGGAAAAGACGCCCACAACGUCCGAGGACUCUCGGGAACAACGUUUGGCCAGAUUCUCGUGUCCAUUGUGACCGUGGUGGCCGGAUUCGUGGUCUCGGUCGUCUUCAACUGGAGAAUGGGUCUCAUUUGCGGCGCCUGUAUCCCCAUUCUCAUUGGAUGCGGUUUCUGCAGAUACUACGUGCUCACAUGGCUCAACAACCGGGCCAAACUCGCCUACGAGCAGUCCGGCUCCUACGCCUGCGAAAACACCAACGCCAUCCGAACCGUCACCACUCUGACCCGUGAAUACCAAGUCUACAAGACUUACAAGGAAUCAGUGGAGGGACAGGUUCAGGGCUCCAAACGGCCCAUUUUCUUCUCGUCCAUUCUCUUUGGUCUGUCCCAGUCCCUGUCGCCUCUCAUCAUGGGUCUGGCCUUCUGGUACGGCGGAAUUCUGCUCAAGCACCACACCAUUUCGCCCUUCCGUUUCUUCGUGGCCUUCAUUGCCAUUGUCUUUGGCUCACAGUCCGCGGGCUCAAUCUUCACCUUUGCGCCGGACAUGAGCAAGGCCGCCGGAAGCACGCGGAACAUCAUGAACGUGCUGGCGGUGGAGCCCGAGAUUGACUGGUGGUCCGACCAAGGCACCAAGAUCGACCCCAAGGACGUCAAAGGCAACAUUGAGUUCCAAAACGUGCACUUCCGGUACCCCACGCGGAUGCAGGUGCCGGUUCUUCGAGGUCUCAACCUAUCCAUCAAACAGGGCCAAUAUGUAGCCCUGGUGGGCUCGUCAGGAUGCGGAAAAAGCACCACCGUCGGUCUUCUCGAGUGCUUCUACCGGCCCACGUCCGGCAAGAUUCUUCUGGACGGCCUAGACCUCGCAGACUUGAACAUCAACUCCUAUCGCGAGGCGGUGGCUCUGGUGCAGCAGGAACCCAUUCUGUUCUCGGGCACCAUCAAAGAGAACAUUUUGCUGGGAACACAGGAUCCGGACGUGACUGACGAGGUGGUAUACGAGGCUGCUCGAAAAUCCAACAUCCAUGACUUCAUCAUGUCUUUGCCCGAAGGCUACGAUACCGUGUGUGGCUCCAAGGGUUCUCUGUUGUCUGGAGGCCAGAAACAGAGAAUAGCCAUUGCUCGAGCUCUCAUCCGCAAUCCCAAGAUUCUUCUGCUGGAUGAGGCGACCUCAGCUCUGGACUCGGAGUCCGAAAAGGUGGUUCAAGCUGCUCUUGACGCCGCUGCCAAGGGACGAACUACCAUCGCCAUUGCCCACCGACUGUCGACGAUCCAGAACGCCGACGUGAUUUUCGUGUUUGAAAACGGAGUCGUUCUUGAGAGUGGAACUCAUCAGCAACUUCUGGCAAACAGAUCAAAGUACUACGAGCUCGUCAAAUUGCAGGCCUUGGAAGGUUAG